AUAACGAAUAAAGAAAAUCAAGAAGUGAUCAAAAUCAAAUGGGAAGUUGCUGCUCUCGAAUCAUGAAGAAGAUGGGCGUUCGUCGACAGCCAUCGUCUAAAUAUUAUCCCUCACAAUAUUCUCACUCCGACUCGGCGGAUACUGCCAAAGUCAUUUCCAUGGAUGGCGCUCUCCGUCAGUACGCCACUCCCGUUCUCGUCUCCCAAGUACUCGCCUCCGCCCAAAUUACCUCUUCAUCAUCAUCAUCAUCAUCGUCAAUAUCGUACUUCCUCUGCAACUCCGACAGUUUGUACUACGACGAACUCAUACCGUCUCUUUCUUUCGAGGAACAACUCCGCCCCAACCAGAUCUACUUCCUCCUUCCUGAAUCCAAGAGACAACAACCUCUCUCCGCCGUCGACAUGGCAUCUCUUGCUGUCAAAGCCUCCGCCGCCCUCAAUACCAACGGCAAUAUUAUUAGCAAUUCCUCCGUUCGCCGCCGCAACAAAGCCGGACGCGUUUCUCCUCUUAUUUCCAUGUUUAAUGGCCGGUACCACAAAAAACAUGUUCAUGUUUCUACUUCAGAGGACGGCGGUGCCGGUAUACAAUACGUGCAUCCCCAGGACUACGAGUAUGAUCUGACCAUUGGAUUAACUGGCCGCCCCAUCAAGAAAAAGAAUUCAACGGCCUCCCAUAAUAACAAUAAUAAUAGUAGUAAUAUAAGAAUGACGAGAUCGGGAUCGGUGAGAAAGUUGCAGAGAUUCGCUUCUAGAAGAGCCAAAUUGGCCGUCCGAUCUUUUAGGCUCAGACUCACCACCAUCUACGAAGGUACCAUCCUCUCCUAGUCAGUCCUUACUCGGAUCAUUUGUUCGAUCGGUGGACACGAAUUUUUGUAAAUCCAAUUCCAUACAUAAUCACAUAUUUUGGUAUUUCUUUCUCGAGUGGGUGAAAUUGAAAUGAACACCUUAAUUAUUUUAUAAUUCUUGCAAAUCUUUUCUUCUUCUGUUUUUUUAUUCUUUUAUUUGGUUAAUUAGCGAGCAUGUAAUCAAUGUAUUGCUCUCUGUUCUUUUUUAUCAAUCGCUUUAUAUCUAUA